GUAGUGUGUUUUACGACCUUCUUUGUCGAAAUUAUUUUCUUUGUACAAGUGAUUAUAAACUAUGUUAAUUAUAGAUAAAAAAUAUAGUAUAAGAUGGAAGCCGCAGCAAAUAACUUAGUAAAAAGCGUGGUAACAGGAGAGCUUGUGACUUUAGGAUCAUUAUGGGCGGACAAGAGCGUAGUUCUAGCACUAUUGAGACGCUGGGGAUGAAAGUUGUGCCGCACCUGGGCAGCAGAACUGAGCACAUUAAAACCUCAGUUAGAUGCCCAUGGUGUCGGCUUAGUUGCUGUUGGUCUUGAGGAACUCGGUAUUGAGGAAUUUGUUCAAGGAAAAUUUUUUAAAGGAGAUCUGUAUAUUGACCAAAAUUAUGCAACAUACAAAGCACUUGGAUAUGGAAGAGCAUCUUUGUUAAGUGUACCUGGCUUGUUAGCUGCCAAAGAAACACGACAAGCAAAUACUCGUGGUAAUGUCUUAGGAAUAACAGGCAACAUGAAAGGGGACGGUUUGCAAAAAGGUGGGACCAAUGUUAUUGAAAAGGGAGGAAGAAUUUUACUGGCUUACCAACAAAAAGGCUUUGGUGAUCAUCCCAAGUUGGAAGAUAUACUCAAUGCACUUGGAAUAAAAGGAGACGUUGAUGGGGCUGGUGGAAGUGAAGAAACAACUACAAAAACUUGUAAUGAAAACGCCUGCUCGCUUUAAAAGUUUGAGAUAGAAUUUAGGUGGAUGUGUUUUUAUCUCAAAUUGGCAUCUAAUAAGAUGUAAAUAUAAUGUGUUCGCAUGUGGACUGAGCUUUCCGCUGAUGGAAUUUUGCGUUUCUUGAAUUUGUGUUAAAUAUUUUUUCUUAUUUUCAUCAAAAUUAAACUUAUAUUCAGUGUUGAUAUUAAUACUUGGAAUUAAUUUUCGCAGGCAUUAAGUCUUGCCAAUAUAUAGCAUUUGGUAAAACCUGAUUAAAAAAAAUGAAUGCUUGGGGAAAAUUGAUUUUUCAAUUCUUGUUUUGUGAAUAAUACAGCCAUUAUGUUUUCUAAGCUUCUUUGCCGGUUUAGAUUCACUUGCAAAGAAAUCAAGCGCAAGCCAGGUUAACUGUCUUCUUUUUGUCUUCUUUUUGAAAUCCAUUCAACCAUCUACGAAAAUUAUUGCUUGCCCAAAUUUGCGUUGACCAGCCACAAUAAUACUCGCAACACUAAACUGGCCAGAAUUAGUAGUUCCAAAAUUAAUUUCCUUCAUGUAUUUUUAUUAUCAUCAGGUUAUAAUAUGUUAUAUUAAUCUAUGUCAAUUAUGUUAGUUUAUAUUAGUUUAUAUUAUCUUAUGUUAGUUUAUAUAAGUUUAUAUUAUCUUUAUCUUAUAAUUGUUUUCAUGUUUCCACCUUGUAGCUAAUGAGUUAUGAAACUUCAAGAGAAACAUCUAUUGAUGUCUUGUAAGUUGAUGUUGUAUCAUUCACAAGGUUAAUAAAUUGAUGAGAUACGAA